AUGGUGACAGGUUUCGUUGAGAUUACAAAUGUGUCAGCUACACAGGCAGCACCAGAUGAUUCUGGUGUAGUCACUCCGGAGAAUCAGGUACCAGAAGAUGAUAACCCAACUGCCCCUCAUGUCUCCCGUAUUGUUGUUCACACACCUGACCAAUGCUUUCUUGUGGCUGAGGUUGAUGUUCAGCUGCGAAGCCGUGAUGAGGUAUUAUCCUUGGUCAAAAGGAAUCUCAGCCAAGCUCAAACUAGAAUGAAAUCUUACUAUGACAAGCACCAUUCAAGCUGGGGACAUGGUGUACCUCAAGAUUCAACCUUACAAGCAACAAUCUAUAAACUCAAGUCAUUUCACAAGUUGUCAUCAAAGUACUAUGGGCCCUUUGCGGUGUUGGAAAGAGUGGGGGAGGUUGCAUACAAACUAAAGUUGCCGAGCACUGUAAAAAUACACAAUCUUUUUCAUGUUUCUCUUCUUAAGAAAAUGGUUGGGUCCUUUGCUACAGUAGAAGCUGCUUUACCAGUAAUCAAGGACUCCUCUUCCAUCAAAUGGGCUCCAGCUUUUGUUUUGGAAACAAGAAUGGUAAAAAGGCGUAAUGCCGUGACUACACAAUGGAAAGUGCAGUGGCUAGGUACUUCUUCUGAGGAGGCUACAUGGGAGUAA